GAACUGAGUAUUAGUGGUCAGAGUUUGGUUCGGUUCGGGGCUAAGCCCGAACCUGAACCACGGUUCAGGUUCAGACGGUUUGGUUCACGUAAGACGGAUGUGACCUAUCCAUUUCGCGCUCUCAAUCUCACGGCCGGCCAAGCGACUGACAUUCCUCAACACUGGAGUGGACGACCCAAGUGUUGAUCCUAUCUGCAGGUGGCCUCGAUACUCGGAAGGAACAUAGCUCAAACUAUCAUAAAGAGUGGAUGCAGGACUCAUGGGUCACCAUGAUGUCUGUCUGUGGAGGCAACGCGGCAAGCAAUGCAUUGGCUCCCGGUCAUCAGCCUACAGUCCGUACGUUCUGGAACGUGGAGCCUCUACAAGUCUCGACAGACAUCGUCGGUACUCAGACCUGAUAGCGCGGGUGGCGCUCGUGUUCUGGGCUUCCCUCAGUGAUGACUCUCUGGCGUCUUCGAGCUAGGAUUGGGCCGGAUAGACUGGCUAGAUCUAUCCCCGACUGGACCGCUGGGUCACCAAGUUAAUACAAGCUAUGCUGGCCAAUGGCAAACAGGUUUCGGGCUCGUCGAUGAAACCUCGGUUAUGUCGUCUUUGGAAGCAUCAUAUACAUCUUUGCUGAGUGCUUGGGUCGUGAAAGUCAUAACGCGACAGGAAACGAGUCUUGAUUCUGACUGGCCCGAGUCGCUGAGUAUGGAGUUCCAGACCGCAAUCCGAUUGGUCCAUCCAAUCUCUUUCAUACGAUGCUCACCUUCAUUGGCCGCCGGCCAUUGGCUGUCCAGGUCCAAGCCCGCUGCGCCUAGAAUCUCCGUGGCUUUUGAACCCCCAGAGAAAUAAAAACAUCGCUUCAAUCGUCCAUUGCUUCUCAGAUUCCCCUCCUUGACCAUGUCCACCCCUGACACACCAACGCCCAUCUGCCCCUGCGGAUUGUGGAAGGACCGCGAGACUUCUGAACUCCGAGAGGACUUGAAUCUGAACGACCAUCCGCCCGCUAAGCGCCAGCGACUUAAUAGCGCCAGCGAUGACGUAGGGUACUGUAUUAUUGAGUGCACCCCCGAGCCCUCGAAUCACUCGUACGACGAAGACGAGGACACGGACUCAUCCAACGCUGUUGCAAAGCCUGAAACCCUCACUAUCUGGGAUCGGCUCAAGAAAUCGUUUGCUACCGCCAUCGAGCGGUACGAGUCCGACAGUGUCGAUGAAACGCUUUCGUUGCUACGUGGUGUGCUAGACGAGUGCCAUCGAU